AUGGCCACGGCGCAAGGUAGAAACGCUCCCCAGCAGUCAGUUUAUCCUCGUAGCCACGUCGGCUUCGAUAGCAUCACUUCUCAAAUUGAGCGUAAGCUCUUAAAACGCGGUUUCCAGUUCAACAUCAUUUGUGUUGGUCAAACUGGGUUGGGAAAGUCGACAUUAAUCAAUACUAUCUUUGCUUCACACUUGAUCGAUUCUAAAGGAAGACUUACCCCGGACGAACCAGUAAGAUCGACUACCGAGAUUCAAACUGUCUCUCAUAUCAUCGAAGAGAAUGGUGUCCGCUUACGGCUCAACAUUGUGGAUACGCCCGGCUACGGAGACCAAGUAAAUAAUGAUAGAUGCUGGGAUCCCAUUGUCAAAUAUAUUAAAGACCAACACUCUGCAUAUCUUCGCAAAGAACUCACGGCUCAACGCGAGCGGUACAUUCAAGACACGCGUAUUCAUUGUUGUCUUUUCUUCAUUCAACCUUCAGGCCACGCACUCAAGCCAAUCGACAUUGUCGUGUUGAAGAAGUUAUCGGAUGUCGUCAAUGUAGUACCGGUUAUCGCCAAGUCUGAUACACUAACGAUGGAGGAACGUAGCGCUUUCAAGGAGCGUAUCAAGGAGGAAUUCACUUUCCACAAUCUUAAAAUGUUCCCAUAUGAUAAUGACGAGUUUGAUGAGGAAGAACGUGCAUUGAAUGCUCACAUCAAGAACAUAAUCCCAUUUGCGGUCGUUGGCUCAGAAAAGUCCAUCAUUGUCAGUGGAAAGCAAGUUAGAGGGCGACAAAACCGAUGGGGCGUCAUCAAUGUUGAGGAUGAAAACCAUUGUGAAUUUGUUUACCUUCGUAAUUUUUUGACCCGAACUCACCUACAAGAAUUGAUUGAAACAACUUCUCAAACGCACUACGAAACUUUCCGUGCAAAGUCAUUACUUGCUCUCAAGGAGAGCAGCGCAGCUGGAGGACAUGCCGGCAGUAGACCCAUCAGCCCAGCGGCCGAUCGUGAGCUGAGCCGCAGUUCGCAAAGAAUGACAUUGAAUGGAUAUUAA